AUGGUCAUGCCGCACCAACUCCUGCACCCACCACGCGCGGAAGCGCUGCCCAAACGUCGAAGCGCGCUCAAGCCGCAGAAACCGGAGUCGUUCGACCCAAGUCAACGCGACGCAAACGUGCGGACGUGGCUCUUCAUGCUCAACAACUACUUCGCCGCGAGCGGGGUGCAAGAGGCGGACGCGCAGCAGCGGAUCGAGUAUGCCGUGACGCUGUUGAGGGGGCCGGCCUUGGAGUGGUGGCGCCAACUUACGCAGACUGCUGUACGGAGGGCUCAGACGGACGGGCAUCAACAGGGCGUGGGGCAUGCAGCUGCAACUUCGAGCUUAGGGAGUUUAGCUUUGGGUGUUACCACGGUUCCGACGACAUGGGAAGGAUUUGAAGCGGCGCUGAAAAGUAGGUUCGAUUUGGUGAACGCCUCCGAAGCUGCUAGGAAGCGUCUGCGUCAUUUCCGACAGAUAGGAAACGUCCAGGAGUACACACGACGGUUCUUGAGCAUCUGCAACGAGAUAGACGACAUCACGGAAGCAGAGAUGCGCGAUCGCUACCUCGAAGGGUUGAAGGCGGACAUAGCGGAGGUUAUAGCGAUUCACGGGUUGUCCACCUUCGAGUCAGUAGUCGCAGCAGCAGAACGCGUCGACGCAGUACGAAGCCGACGGGGUCGUGACGAUCGCGAUAGGGGAUACAGCAGACCGAUCAACGACACUCGAUCGAGGGACGGACCAUCGCCCAUGGAGAUUGGUGCAGUUAACACAGAUUCCGCAGUCAACUUCAAGGAUGCUCGAAUGGUGGAUGGGACGCCUCUCCACAUAGGACCGAUCAUUCGCAAGUUGCGCGUAGUGCUAGGACCGAUCACAGUUAGGCGUGAUUUCGACUCUGCGACGCUGGACGGAUACGAUUUCAUCUUCGGGAGAGAUUGGCUACGCACGGUUAGUACUCAGUUCGAUUGGGCUCAGGGACGCUGCAGUGUCAAGGUAGACGGGGAGUUCCGGGAGCUGCCACAGUGGAGCGAUGGGGCCACAUCAUCCACAGCUAUCAUUAAUGCUGUUCGUGUGCGACAGUUAGUGAAGCGUGCGGCACGGAUCUUCGCGGUUUUCCUUGAGGAGGUUGAAGCUGAGGAGGGGAAAGGAGGGAGCGCAGCAGUUAGUGAGAAGGCGACUCUUCCUGCUGAAGUGAGUGCACUGUUAGCGGAGUUCGCAGACGUCUUCCCUGACGAGUUGCCCCCAGGGUUACCUCCCAGCCGAGCAGUAGACCAUCGGAUAGAGUUAGAGCCGGGGAGCAGGCCAGUAGCGAAGCCGCAGUGGAGGUUGAGUCCAGCAGAGACAGAGGAGAUGACGCAGCAGGUUAGGCACUUUCUCGCGCAGGGUUUCAUUCAGCCAUCUAGAUCGCCUUGGGCCGCACCGAUCCUUUUCGCGCCUAAGAAAGACGGAGGGUUACGGAUGUGCAUAGAUUACCGCGCACUGAACGCCGCCACCGUCAAGAAUAGGUUCCCGGUGCCGAGAGUAGAGGAUCUCCUAGAUGCAGUGCAGGGCGCUAGAGUCUUCUCCAAGAUCGACCUUCGUUCGGGUUACCACCAGAUUCGUGUAGUUCCAGAGGACCAGCACAAGACGGCGUUUCGUACGAAGCAGGGGUUGUACGAGUUUAGGGUUCUACCGUUCGGAUUGACCAACGCCCCAGCGACGUUUCAGACGCUCAUGAACACAGUCCUCUCGGAGUUCCUAGGUUCGUUCGUCGUAGUUUACCUAGACGACAUCUUGAUCUUCUCCAAGUCGAAAGAGGAGCACGUGCAGCACUUGCAGAAGGUCUUUGAGGUCUUGCGGAGGGAGAAGCUGUACGCGAAGCAGUCUAAGUGCGAGUUCUUCCUCCCCGAGGUCGAGUUCCUAGGACACGUCGUUUCCGCUAGUGGCGUUAGGACCGACCCGAAGAAGAUCGCAGCCGUACAGGAUUGGGUGGCACCGACCUCAGUCAAGGAGUUGCAGAGCUUCCUCGGUUUCGCAAACUAUUACCGUCGUUUCGUUCAGGGUUACGCAUCGAUCGCUAGUCCACUCACCGACCUACUUCGGAAGGGCGUAGAGUACGUUUGGGGUCCAGCGCAGCAGCAGGCGUUCGAGCAGAUGAAACAGUCGCUCACGUCUUCACCGACACUGUCGUACCCUGAUCCCACUCGCCCGUACGUUGUAGUGACCGACGCUUCAGAUCAGGCCAUAGGUGCAGUCCUUCUUCAGGACCAGGGACGCGGGUUGCAGCCGAUCGCGUACGAGUCGCGUAAGCUUAGGGGAGCGGAGUUGAACUAUCCCAUACACGACAAGGAGGCGCUCUCGAUCAUCCACUCGUAUAAGGUGUGGAGGUGCUACCUAGUGUCAGAGGUCCACUGGUGA